CACCUCUUUCCCUCCCUGGGGGCCCUUUCCCUGGUCUUGGGUUGGGCUCCCUUCCUUCCUGGAGGAGGGGCCAGCACAAAAGUAGGAGCAGCAGGAGCAGCAGCAGCAGCUAAGAGACCCUUGGAGAAGUCUUCUCCUCCUCCUCCGCCAUCAUGUCAAGCAGUGGCCAAACUGGGGCAGCUGCCUCCUCCUCCUCGCUGUCCGGCUCCAACCGCCGGCUCCAGCAGACCCAGAACCAGGUGGACGAAGUGGUGGACAUCAUGAGGGUCAACGUGGACAAGGUCUUGGAGCGCGACCAGAAGCUCACGGAGCUGGACGACCGGGCCGAUGCCUUGCAAGCAGGAGCCUCCCAGUUUGAGACAAAUGCCGCCAAGCUGAAGAGGAAGUACUGGUGGAAGAACUGCAAGAUGUGGGCCAUAUUGAUAGCCGUGGUGGUUGUCCUCUUAAUCAUCAUCAUUGUUUGGAGCGUGUCCUCGUGAGCUGCCGGGAGCCAAAGAAGACCCCUCUGCAAGAAACUUCAGUAACCUGCUGCACUGUCACACUUUUCCUACGGUGCCCAAAUCAAACCUUAAUUCGGAAAGAUGCACCUACUCUUUUGUCGUUCUUCAGCAGCAUGCCUUUAAUGCUGAAACGUGUAAAAUAAAUGCUAAUUUGGUGGGUUCAGGCUGCCAAGGGGAGCUGUGUGAGUCGGGGAGGAAAGGGCAAGAGGGGCUUGGCAUUUAUUUCACUGUAAUAAACAGCAUAAUACUGAAUAUAUUAUUAUUAUUAUUAUUAUUAUUAUUAUUAUUGAAUGGUAAACUAGUUCUUAUUCCUUCUUGGAUGAGGGGACUCUCUCACAUGCAAAUGUGCCAAACAUUGCCUUGAUUAAACAGCGUAAUACUUAAUAAUAAUAAUUAAUAAUAAUAAUAAUAUUGAAUGGCAAACUAGUUUUUAUUCGUGCCUUCUUGGAUGAGGGGACCCUCUCACACGCAAAUGUGCCAAACGUUGCCCUGAUUGAACAGUAUUUUAAAAUAUAAUAAUAAUAAUAAUAAUAAUAAUAAAUCAUUAUAUUAUUAUUAUUAUUAUUGAAUGGCAAACUAAUUUUUAUUCAUGCCUUCUUGGAUGAGGGGACCCUCUCACACGCAAAUGUGCCAAACGUUGCCUUGAUUAAACAGUAUUUCUAAAUAUAAUAGUAAUAAUAGAUCAUUAUAUUAUUAUUAUUGAAUGGCAAACCCACUUUCACUUGGUGCCUUCUUGGAUGAGGGAACCAUCUCAAAUGCAAAUGUGCCAAAUGUUGCCUUGAUUAAAUAGUGCAAUGCUAAAUAUAAUUUAAAAACAAUUAUUAUAUUUAUAUUAUGAUUGAUUGAAUAGCACAUCUUGCCAAUCUCACACAGCUUUUCCCAUUCUGAUGGGAUGGUGUCACACUUAAAAGUCACCGCCCAAGAGACCUUCUUGUUUGUUUCGGACACAAUCUUUCAAACUUGGUGCCUUACUGCUUGGUCCUGAACAAAACACCGGAAAGUAUUCUUAAUUAUUAUUAUUAUUGAAAUUCUGGAUGCAUUUAAUGAAAGCUGCCUCCGGGUAGAGCCAAAGUUGCAGUACUUUUUCACGUACCACCAGGAAGAUGGAAAAUGGCACCCUAAAAGUAGUAUUUAAGAAUUAAAUCCAUGGUCUUUGGAGCUUUUCUGUGUUCGGGGAUGCGGCUUAAAAAUAAUAAUACCGGAUUUGUGGUUUUGAGGUGUUAGAAGACACGUGAGGUCUUGCUUUUCCUUCCCGCCAAUUAACCCACCAAUUGUACUGCAAUUAAAAGUACUAAACUGCCUAAAUUCUGAGCUUAAUGGAACUUGUGGAGUUUUGGUUUUGAGAUAUUUUUAACUAACACUUAACUGAUGGCUUCUCCAGGGAAAAGGGAGGCCUUCGCUGUUAACAGUUGAAUAAAAGUGGAUUUGUAGUCA